UUGAGUUAGUGUUUGUUUGUAGGCUAUUUAAGGGCACUAGGCCCGCUGGGUAUUUGUGCGGGCUUGUUCUCUGUUAUUUUGGUGUUGGUGUAUAAGUGUAUUCUCAUUAUUUUCCGGACAGUUUUAGUCCUGUGUAUUUUGGACGGGUGGUUUCUUACGCCCUAGUGUUGGCAUGUCCAUGUCUCCGCUGUCGUUGGAAUAAAUAGAUUCACGUACGAUAUUACCUGCUCUCUGCGUUUGACUCCUCCACCGCACCAUCUGUAGAAGUCGUAACAGGAGGUUUUGAAACCAUGGACCAAAAGAUCCCAUAUGAUGACUACCAACUACCUGUGGUCUUUUUACCUUCUUAUGAGAGUCCCCCAGCAUGGAUAGCCCCUCAGGAGCGGAUCCACCAUCCUGAGUACAACAACGAGCUGACCCAGUUCCUGCCACGCACCAUUGUGUUGAAGAAACCUCCAGGGGCACAGCUAGGCUUCAACAUCCGUGGGGGAAAGGCCUCCCAGCUGGGCAUCUUCAUCUCCAAGGUGGUCCCAGAUUCGGACGCCCACAGGGCAGGGCUCCAGGAGGGAGAUCAGGUGCUGUCUGUCAAUGAGGCGGACUUCCAGGACAUAGAGCACUCGAGGGCUGUAGAGAUUCUGAAGACUGCCAGGGAGAUUCUGAUGAGGUUGCGCUUCUUUCCCUACAACUACCAGAGACAGAAGGAGAGGACUGUGCACUAGGUGACAGAAAGGUUCCACGGGAGAGUGAGAAACAGUAUGGUUACAUGCACACAAUAAUAUGAUUAUUGUGGAUAGUAAGGUUAAUAUAAUAGUUCAUUUAAAAUGUUUACAUGCUUUGCAAGAAUAGCAAUGUCCCAAAUAAUCCUGUUUACAUGAACACAUCUGAAAUCAGGCUACCUGAUGGGACUUUUGAGAAAUAAAGAAAAUCGGCAAUCAAAAUAAAACCUACCACAGUGACCAUGUUAUUUUUACGAAGACUAUUUGAUUUGGAGUUCGGAUAUGUAACGUUUGUGUAUGUCAAAACUAUUUCUAAAAUGAAUACUUUCAGUUUUUCUGAACUCACUUCACUCGCGCAUAAGAGGGGGACUUGCGCUUCCGGUGCUGGCACAUGCACAGAUCAAAUACAUGUCAUAAUAAUUAGAAAGCUUACUCAGAAAACCAGGUGUUUUAUUAUUAUUAUAAUACUUUGUUUAUAUAUACAGUACCAGUCAAAAGUU